AUGAAUUUAAAUUAUUUUAGGAAUCUGGAUCCAGUCCAUAAUGCAACAAGUCUUGUUGCAUUGAAUCUUGCUAAAUCAAAUGUAUAUUCCGUGCGAAAUAAAGUAAAUACUGGCCGAGCUCUUCUUUCCUUGGAUUAUUAUGGAGGCAUAGAAUCGAGAAAAAAUGCACAGUCAAGUAAGAAGUUCGAUCCUUUAUCGCAUUCAGAUCUGAACUAUUCGGUGAAUUGUAAUAGCAUACAGAAGAAAUAUUUAAAUCAGACUGAAGCAAUGAAAUUGAAUAACGAUGUCUUUGCUUGGAUUAAUCGGCAUGAGUGUUUGCAGUUUAUGCAUAUUCGACGUAUAUUUCGUGUACCAAUAUACAAAGGGUUGGCGACUCCUAACGUAACUAUAAAAUCUGAGCGAGAUGCUAGACGCAGAAAGAUGGGUGCAAAAAAUCAACAACGGACAGCAAUUGACAAAAUAGAAGCUGCACGUUCAAAAGCGGUACGUGAACGUGCAUGGAGACAUAUCGACAUGAUCAGUUCCAGUGCCGACAAUGCAGCCAUUAAAUCACAAGUUAAAACGAUGGAUUACGACGUUAUGGGUGCAGAACAUUUCUUGACUAAUUGGUUGAAAGAUAAAACGGAUGCACUUACGGCUUUGGAUAUGGAAUCGCAGUAUGCGGAACUUGCUCGAAAUUUAAAACAGCGCGAGGAUACGCUUUAUAUUGUUGCAAUGAAGAAUUAUUAUUUGCUGCCGGCAACCGUUCGAAAUGGUACUGUGCAACCGCGUAUGGCCCUCAUCUUGCCUGCUCUGUCAUUCAAUGGUACAUUGCCGAAUCAGGUGGCAAUGAUGCGCCUGGAAUGUGAUAUUACGGGAACGGGAUUGUUUCAUCUUCCAAGCUCACUUUUGCCGUUAUUUUAUGACCACUCAGGUCGUCAGUAG